AUGAGUCUCCUUUUGGGAGGAGGAGCCCUAGUAAGUUUUCGCCUCGGGCGUUUUUCGAGAACAACUUCAGCUAUUGAUUUACCAGAGCUCACAGGAGAUGUAAGCUCAAUGAUAGGAAGGGGAGUGGUUACUGAAGGAGCAACAACCACUGAUGAAGAAAUGGUCAGUAGAGAGACAGCAGGAGUUUCUGCAGGAAAUCAAAGCCUUCGGGAACCUCAGGAACCACCUGAGAGCUGGAUUCAAAUGUUCUGGGUCCAUUGGAAUUCCGGCGUUGUCGAUGGGAGCUUUGUAGCCUCUGGUGAUGUUGAACCACUGGUCGAAGUUGGUCUUCAGGGGAGGAUGAACAGUGUUAUACCCUUCAAGUUGGGCCAUUUGAGUGCUGAAAAGAUAAACUCAAGAAGGUCCGUGGGUAUCAUUUUCCAUCGUCUCCCUUUGCUCCGCUCAAAAGUCAAAAGCUUGUGGCAUAUCUUUAGGUUCCAAUCCCUUAAUUUUCGGACGGGAUCAACUGUCAAAUGGGACGACUUCAAGCUUGCUGGGUUCAUCGAACACGACCAGAGCCUGCAGACCAUGGCGUUUGCCAGAACGAUGGGGUACAUGGCCCCUGAAUGCCUUAGCACUGGCAAAGCCAGGAGACAGUCGGAUGUCUACAGCUUCGGAGUCGUAGCGUUGCAGAUCGCGUGUGGGAGAAGACCAAUAGAGGUGCUUGAGCACCCAAACAAGGUGAAACUAGUGGAGUGGGUGUGGGAGAUUCUCGCGACGGGAGUCAUACUUGAAGAAGUCGACGAGAAGCUAAACGGUGAAUUCGACCAAGAACAAAUGGAGCGACUGAUGGUUGUAGGCCUCUGGUGUUCCCAUCCGGACUUCAAUCUGCGGCCAUCCAUGGACCAGGCAAUAAGCAUGCUUAACGGGGAGACGGCACUAUCCAAUCUUAUUCCCCCACGUUAA